GCCAUUUUAGCUCCCCAUAAGUAGUCUGUUGUUCCCUAGUUUGUUUACAAAUAAACUCAAAGUUGUCGACGUGAUUCUUAUUGGAGGAAUUUAAAAACGAAAAAAUAAUUAAAUUUAGGAUUUAAACAUAAAUAUGAAGAGUUCUGUAAUUGAUUGUAGCCUGUGUCAAAACAAAAAUAGACCUAACCUAAGUUUUCACAGUCCACUAUAGCCAAAUUAAGUAACUUAAGCACAAGACCUGUACUAAUGGAUACACAUAAUAUUCUUGAAAUGGUCUGUCAACCAUCCUACUCAAAUAAAUCUCAUGCAUCCGUAUAUACUUAGACUGACCUUGAAAUGGGAUGUGCGAUCCGGGUCGUCGAUCCGAUUUUUCGGAUCGUAAUGGAUCGUAAUGCCAUGAUCCGAUCCGCGGAUUGGAUCGCAUGCCGUCGAUCCGUUUUUCAAGAAAUCAGAUCGGAUCGGAUACAAAUAAGUAAGACAAUUAAUUUUAGAUUUUUAUUUGGUAAACCCUUCAAAGUAUGUCAAACUUGUGAGCAAACAAGAUUAUUCUAUGUAAAACUUAUAAAUAAACAAGUUCUUAGUUUUGAAAGAAACACAAUUUGAAAUAGUAAUUUAAGUACACAGAGAACUUAAAAAAUAUUUACUAGGUAUUUAUGAAAAAUUUAGACUUCGAAGAAAUGCACCCAACUACUUACUAAUAGUUAACGUACAAUUGAAUCAGUCAUUUCAAAAACCUCUUAAGUCACACUAAUAGAGCUUUUCAUGAACUUAUAAAAACUUGUUCAUGCUCAAACAAUCGAGUUUAAUAGAACUAUUUUACGCUUACUUUGGUAUUUCAGUUGUAAAAAAUUCAAAUAUCUAAUAACUUUUACUGUUCAUACAUAAUAAUAAUGGAAAAAUCAAGAAUAUUUAUUCUUGACUUAUGUUGUUUUUCCAAGAAAUAGGUGACUUAUGUGGUUUUAGCAAGAAAUAGAUUUAGUAGUAUAUAUAUAAAUUUACCCACAACUUUUAUUUAUAAUAAUAGUAUGUAUAAGAUUAACGGAUCCACCUGCAAGGAAUGCCGCCAAGUUAAAAUGUAAACAAAGAUAAUGUUCGUAACAGAAACCUUAGUAAGUACCUACCCAACUUAUUGCAAACAAACCGCGUUUUAAUUCAUACGAUCCAAGCGAUCCGAUCUUUCAAGUUUUGUAACGAUCCGGCAAAAAAUCGUAUGACCUCGAUCCGAUGUUUCAAAGGAUCGGAUCGGAUCGGCGCAUCCCUAAGAACCAUUAUACCAUAUACACUGAACAUAUUAAAAUAAUAAAAAACAAAUAAGUUAUAUAGUAAGCUAGGGAAAUCAAGCCAAGUACCGAAAUUAUGGGUUAGAUUCAGGUAUAUAGAGCAUUUAGAUUAACAGAUAGUUGCCUGUUUUCUGUGACAGAAUCUGUGUGAUGAUUGUGAAUGAGUCACAGAUUAGAGAGAAUUUUUAAACUCUCAUUAACCAAAGAAAGCUAAGAGAUUUAGGUUCUAUAGCCAUAUAUUCAGCAGCUUCAUUAUUUUUGUUAUGUUUUUAAGAUAACCUUAUUUUGGAUUUUUAGUGUACCACAGCUUAUAAUUUUAUUUAUUUAUUUAUUUAUAGUCAGGGAACGUAGGCCCAUAGAUAGAUACCUUAAAGUGUAACAUACAUACAGAUUAUAAUGUGUUUAUGGAGGUGUUUGGCGAAAAAUGUAGGCAAUAGACUUUAUGAUGUCGCCUACCAUCUAUAAUAAUUGUCUGAGCACAUUUGCAUCUUGUAAAAUGAUAAUACAGUUGUGGAUAUUAAUACCACAGUGUAAUAAAAAAAUGAUUUAUUUUAUCGAUCUUCACAAAAUAGAUUUGUUUUUAUGUUAUAUAAACAUCUUCCAUCAGUCUUUGGCUGGAUGUCCUUUUUAAAGUAAAUAUAUUAUACAAAGGUGUCCGUUGAAAUCUAAUGACUGUAAAUUAAAUUAUAAAUUACGCCAAGAAUUACCGUCUAUGUCAAUAUUUUUUGUGCAUUUGGGCCAAUUUGAGCAAUCUCCUUUACUUUUAAGUUUAGAGAUUCCAGAGCGAAUACUAAUGCUUUAGUUUCCAAAGAAUACAAAUAAUCGCUUAUGAACUUAAUGAAAACAUCUUCGAUGCUCAAAAACUCCAACUUGACCCGUCAUUCGUAGGUGUGUGCACGUGAAUAAAUGCUACACACUCUGUGCCGUCAAUGACCUAUUGGAGGCCCUGGGCAUAUUAGGAUAAUGGGGCCCCUAUGAAUUCCGUUUGGUGAUUUAACAGGAACUAGGGACCUUGUAUUUGAUCUGAGGGGGCCCCCUGUCGAUCGCGGGACCCUGGGCACUUGCCUAAAGUGCCCAAUGGGGAAGAGGGAUCUGGUCAAACUUAAUUUUAAGAAUAGAGAAUCAUGUCAGAAUCAGGCAGGCCCACUAUUUGUAUAAUAUAUUCAAAAAAUAUUAUCUAUAUGUUAAUUUGAUUAUUGAGGAGAUUCUAAUUUCUAGAAUUAAAAUCGAUACUGAUGUGAUAUCGAUUUAUAUCAUACAAUUGCAUACAUCCCUAUUGUAUAUAUGUCAUUCGGUUUGCUUGCUUUCAUUGCAUUUCUAUUUGAAUUAUUUUCUUUCGUUUUGAUAGGAAUCAUCGUUAUAUCAAAUACAUCUAUGUAUAGAGCAUUGAACACUGUUGGUGCACUGUUCUAUUUAAUAUAUUUUACUUCUCUUUAGACGGUCCUUGUUCUAAAAAUUACAACUCCGAUUGGAACCGCAUCAGUCGCUUGAAUAUUUUGAUUUCAGGUUCAGCAUAACGUAAUAGUAGAUGUUCUUGUUAUAAAAAAAGUCGCAACAGAAUGUCCAACGUGAGCUAUGACUUGGAUACUUCUGGAGGGCUUAUGCCGCUCAUCAGGGCGUUGAUAAAGCCCCCAGACGAGGAUGCAAAUGCCCAGAAGCCCAAAAAACCUCAGCAUCCCUAUUACAAGAGGCCUGGGAAGGGGCAUAAUCAUGACUCUUGCGAUGCUUGUGGAGAAGGCGGCGACCUUAUAUGCUGUGACCGGUGCCCCGCAAGUUUCCAUCUUGGUUGCUAUGACCCGCCGCUGGACGAGCAGGACAUCCCGGCGGGGCUGUGGCUGUGCCGCGAGUGCCGCGCCUCGGACGCGGAGCAGCCGCCCAGCGCGCGGAACAGUCGCCCGCAGUCGCCCGCCGACUCCGGCGAUAGAAAGACCAGAUCUCUCCGUAACAGUCGCGCCAGCUCCACCAAGAAGAGAAGCAAAGACGACGAGGAUGACGACCCCAAAGAGGAGUCAAGUAAACAGUUGUCCCCCAUGGAGACUCUGGUUAAAGCAGCGAGGGUCAUGAACCCGCGACAGUUCGAGCUGCCCAAGGACUUGCGGGUGCCGUGUCUGUUCCCGGGAACUGAGAAAGAAGGCGGCAAGAACGGAAGCUCUUCACUUAUAAGCGUGGACUCUUGGGGCUGCGUGCCGGUUCCGGCCCGACUCUGCUUCCUGUGCGACAACACCUGCAAGCACGCGCCUCUGCUGCAGUGCGACUACUGCCCGCUGCUCUACCACCAGGACUGCUUGGAUCCGCCUUUGACUGCUCUGCCCACCGGACGCUGGAUGUGUCCCAACCAUGUUGAGCAAUAUAUUGACUGGAAACUGGUGAACUCCAUCUCUGCAUCGGAACGCGUAGCUUUAUGGGAUAAGUUCUCCGGCCCCGUGGACCAGCACGCCAUCAAGAUUGAUUUCAUACGACGCGCCAGAUCCCACGCUCCACGGUUCAGGUUGAAGGUGCCCGUGGGGGUCCGUGGCCGGGUGGCGGUCCCCAGUAUGGUGCGCAGUUGUUACCGUCGGCCGCCGCCAUUACUGCCGGCGAGGCGGGAAUACGUGCGAUGCACUAAAGUAUUGAAACGGUUGAAAGAGAGCGAAGACUACGAAGACUCUUUAGACGAGGAGGACGGGCCCAAACGUCAGAUUUGUCUCAACGCGGAGUGCCCGCAGUACCGGGACGGGCCGGACUGGGCCCCGUGCCCCCUGGCAGACCCCAAACAGUCCCCAACGCGGGCCAUGCACUCGCAUCCAGGAGAUGACGACGAGAUAAAGCAGGAAGAGAGGCACACAGAAUCAUCUAGCGACCUCUCGGAUUCCGACUUCGAGUACUUCACGGCAUCGGUUCGUCGCAAGAAGCCCCCUGUUAGAAGCCCCUUGCGCGUGGAAUUACGCUGCGACGACGAUAUAACGCAACUGUUGGACUGCGUGGACUCGCAACUUACGCAACUCGAUACCAGGCUUGUGAGAUUACUGGCAUGGCAGCGGCUGCAACAGGUGAUGUGGGGCGAGCAGUGCUUCGGCUCUUGGUCCGAGUGCGGGGUCGGCACUCGCAUAUCGGCCUGCGUGCGUCGCUCAGUGGCCGGCGCCGGUUUAGCCAGGCGUGGGGCCAGAUUGCCAUCCGCUUUACUAUCCGCCGCUGACAGGCGCAGGAUCGCGGCCGCCGUGUGGGGAGCCCCGCCCCCUCCCCCUCCCCCUCCGCCUACGCAUCCUGCGCACCCGGCCAGGCUGGCUGAUCGACUAGUGAGGGCCACGCUCAGCGCUAUACUGGAGGAUAACAGGAACGGCACCGGGGAGUCCGUGGGUCCGGCAGUCCCGAUGCGUAGUUCCUCCCUCACGAUCGGCACGUCCAGCUCCUGCCACGUGCGCAUAGACCCCUGCUGCCGGCACGCGGCCCCGCACCACGCCACCAUAUUCAUGGACGAGGUGACGCGUCACUUUGAACUGAUCAACUAUUCCGAGUGGGGCACCGAAGUGAACGGUGUCCUGUACGCCUGUGAUCUUUCGCCGCGACCGCAGGAGACUCCCGCUUCUGCCAUCACGCUGCGGCUCAACGCAAGGGAACCGGAGCAAAGGAGGAUAAAUGGCGAGUUGACCCUGCCGUCGGGCGACGAGGGGCCGUGCCGGUGCCGGAGUGGUCGGGGCGUGGGGGGCGCGGGGGGCGCGGAGGGGGCGUGGGAGGGGUCCGCGCUGGUGCCGCACGGGGCCCUGCUGCGGUUCGGGUGCCGCGCGUAUGUGUUCAGUAUCGCGGAGUGUCUCGGGCUCAUGGACCACCUGUAACGCGUCGGUGGGGCGGGGGGGGCGCGGGGGGCGCGGAGGGGGCGUGGGAGGGGUCCGCGCUGGUGCCGCACGGGGCCCUGCUGCGGUUCGGGUGCCGCGCGUAUGUGUUCAGUAUCGCGGAGUGUCUCGGGCUCAUGGACCACCUGUAACGCGUCGGUGGGGCGGGGGGGGGCGCGGGGGGCGCGGAGGGGGCGUGGGAGGGGUCCGCGCUGGUGCCGCACGGGGCCCUGCUGCGGUUCGGGUGCCGCGCGUAUGUGUUCAGUAUCGCGGAGUGUCUCGGGCUCAUGGACCACCUGUAACGCGUCGGUGGGGCGGGGGGGGCGCGGGGGGCGCGGAGGGGGCGUGGGAGGGGUCCGCGCUGGUGCCGCACGGGGCCCUGCUGCGGUUCGGGUGCCGCGCGUAUGUGUUCAGUAUCGCGGAGUGUCUCGGGCUCAUGGACCACCUGUAACGCGUCGGUGGGGCGGGGGGGGCGCGGGGGGCGCGGAGGGGGCGUGGGAGGGGUCCGCGCUGGUGCCGCACGGGGCCCUGCUGCGGUUCGGGUGCCGCGCGUAUGUGUUCAGUAUCGCGGAGUGUCUCGGGCUCAUGGACCACCUGUAACGCGUCGGGGCCGCGGGGGGCGUGGGGGGGGGGGGGGGGGCGUGGGAGGGGACCGCGCUGGUGCCGCCGCGACCAAUCAAGAUCUAAACAAUUAAUAUUCACUUGUUGGCUAAAAAGAAGACAGAAACAACAAUAUAUUGUUUUGAACUUUCAUGGUCACUAACAUUAUAGUUCAAUUGAUAUUAUUUACGGGAUUGAUAUCAUGUACCUUCUUUUUAUUGAGUUUCCGAUAUUUCCUGCGUGAUCAUGGCGCUUGUAACAAGUGCCGAAAUAUCGCUAAAAAACAAAUUAUAAAACAUAAAGAAACAACAUUAGGUUCCAACCAAAACUUAGUUUAUUCCGCGUUUUGGAAUAAGGCGGAAUGUCUCUCCUUCUAAUGUCUCACAGAGUAUGCACAUUGGACACCGCAUACGAGGUCCCCGCAUACGCCCCCAAACCUCGCGUCGCGAUACAAGUUUGCACCGAAUUUGUCGUGCGACCGUGACGUCACUGACGUGUCCAAUCAAAACGAGGUUUACUCCAACCCGCAAUUUUGUUUCAAACCAAAAUUUAGCAAUCCAGACUCCAAUGAGAGUGCUUUGUACGCAUGCUCAUAGACUAAACAUUACCCCCUUAUUAAUAAAUGAGGUUUAAGUUUAGACUAGUUACGCCGUGUUUAGUACCUGCACUCAAAUGCCAUUUGUCAUUCAUGAACAGAGACAGACCAUGUAGUAACUAAUCCAAACUUAUUCUUCGUUUAUAAAUAAGAGGGAGUGCGUACUAUUUGUACGAUAGGGUAUUUGACAAGUUUUAGGCAACGAUCUCACGUUAUUGACUAAUGUUUAUGGAGUCCGUAAAAAGAUAUUCAUCAUUCUGUUGUGUAUUUCAGUAAAAAUAACCAAAUCAAAAACUCCAUUUUUAAGUUUCCGCGAAAACGUUUCUCUGUACAAUAUGGCGUCUCACUGGUGUGUGACGUCAGACGAUUGUUAUUUAAACGUUUAAAGAUACAAUGGUGUAGAUUCUGGCAUGAUUCUCUAAAGCUUAACUUAAAUUUGACAGCAGUGUAUCCCUGUCGUUCUCUUUACAGAAUGAAAAGGAUAGACUGAUCUUAAAUUUAGAGAAUCCUGCCAGAAUUGACACCAAAGUAAUGUCACUUUAACCGGAAGUUUACUUGCGUGUGACGUCAUUUUAGGCUCCGCCAAUCCCAAGCGUUUUGAGUCACGUGACAAUAGAUAAGAAAACUUAUCUUUUUCGUGGGUUUUUAGUAAAAUUCUAAAGACAGAUGCUAACAAUUGGCACUUUAUUUUUAAUAUUGUCAAAUAACCUAUUGUACUUCUAAUAUGUAGGCGGUAGGUUAUUAUUAUGUACGCCUAUUGUUAUACGGAUAUAAUAAAAUACUGUAAACCAAUUCGGAAACUGAAGUCUCAUUUUAUUUCUACAUUUAUUCAGCAUUUACUACAUGCUAUUAUUAUAUCGUUAGCGAAUAAUAUACAAUUGUGUUCAAUUUAAGAAGAUAAAUUACGUACACAAUGUUGAUUCUGGCACGAUUCUUUAAACUAAAAACUACAUUUAAUAUCAGUCUCUCCUUUUCAUUCUGUAUAGAGGAUGACAAGGAUACACUGUUGUCAAAUUAUAGUUUAGCUUUAGAUAAUCAUGCCAGAAUCGUAACCAUUAUAUUGCCUUACAGAUAAAGUUUAUUUCAUAAGAAAUGCUACGUGAAGUGUCAUGUUUAUAUUUAGCUUUAUUUCUAGUAUAAUGAUAAUAAUAUUUUGUUUUAAAAAUAUAUAUUCAUUUCAAAUGUA